CUCUGUCUCCUCUAUGUCACAAUCUGGCUUCACUCAGUCUCAGCGCAAUCUUCAUCAAUUGCGAAGCCCGGAUGCCUAGAGCGGUGCGGGACCCAGCCGGUCCCGUACCCGUUCGGGGUGGGGCCGGGUUGCUCCAUGGAGCGAUCCUUCGAGAUCAACUGCAACACUUCCUUUAACCCGCCAAGGGCGUUCCUCUCCAUCCUUGGCGGGGAGAUCAUGGGAAUAAACCCGACCAACGUUCGGGUCAAUAUGCCGAAUUUGGCGCUCUCUACUUACGGACAGGGUGCGAGGAUCUUGACCGUUGUCUAUGGAUUGUCGACGACUCGGUAUACGUUCUCUGACCAGAACUGGCUCACGGCCAUCGGCUGCGACGACAUGGCGGCGGUCACGGGGCUAGCCAACCGGAGCUUCAGCGGUGGAUGCGUCUCGUAUUGUCAGAGCGCGGGUGAUUCUGGUGGCGUCGCGUCGUGCCCGAAUGAUAGCAACGGGUUUGGGCUUGGCACUGGCUGUUGCCGUACCCCUAUUCCUAAAGGCACCACAAACUUGUUUGUAAAUUUAACAGACGUACACAGAAACUGGAGAAACAACAAGUUAUUCUCUACUAGCUAUGCCUUUGUGGGGGAGAUGGUCACCUCCAAUUUUUCAUACCGCUUGAACGACUUAAACAAUGCCACAAUAUUCUUGAGUGACAAUUGGUCAGCCAAAAACACCCCGCCGGUGGUCCUCGACUGGAAGAUCGGGCAGCAGAAUUGCGACGAAGCGCGACGAAAUCUGACAACAUACGCAUGUAAAGCCAACAGUGAAUGUGUUAAUUUCGAUACAAACAUUGUAGGGUAUCUCUGCAACUGCUCCAAAGGAUACCAAGGCAAUCCAUAUCUCGACCCGGGAUGCCAAGAUUCAGAUGAAUGCGCUGAUAAUCCAUGCGACCCCAACGCAGAUUGCACGAAUAUACCCGGGAGUUUUAUUUGCAAAUGUCGUAAAAGCUAUGGAGGCGACGGAAUGAAAGGCGGAAGUGGUUGCACUAAGUUGCCCCCAUCUACAAUCAUUAAUGUCUCCAUAGGAGUUGGUGCGGGAGUGGGAUUUAUAAUGCUACUGGCAAUAUGCUUUUAUGUAUAUAAGGCAAAGCAGAAAAGAAACAAGAGAAUAGAGAAAGAGAAAUUCUUCGAACAUCUUCUUUUACAACAUCAAACAAACGAAGGCACACUCGAAAGAACCAAGCUUUUCCCGGCAAAAGAGUUGGAGAAAGCCACCGAUAACUUCAACGCGAGCCGAAUUCUCGGGCAAGGAGGACAAGGCACGGUGUACAAAGGAAUGUUAUCCGACGGUAAGAUCGUCGCUAUCAAGAAACUGAAGCUGGUCGACGAGGAUCAACUUGAGCAGUUGAUCAAUGAAGUGGUGAUACUAUCGCAGAUAAACCACAGAAACGUGGUUAAAUUGUUGGGAUGUUGUUUGGCCACGGAGGUUCCUCUCCUCGUAUACGAGUUCGUGUCUCACGGGACCCUUUUCGAUCUCAUCCAUGACCGCAACGCUGAAAUAUCCCUUUCUUGGGAGAUGCGUCUGAAAAUGGCAGCAGAUAUAGCAGGGGCACUGGCGUACUUGCAUUCAGCAUCUUCAGUACCUAUAUUUCACAGGGACAUCAAGUCCAGUAACAUCCUUCUGGAUGAAAAAUAUGUGGUCAAAGUGUCCGACUUCGGGACUUCCAAGGUUGUCGCAGUGGAUCAGACUCACCUGACCACAUUAGUGAAAGGGACAUUCGGGUAUCUAGAUCCAGAGUAUUUCCAGACUAGUCAGUUCACAGACAAGAGCGACGUGUACAGCUUUGGAGUAGUACUGGUCGAGCUUCUGACAGGACGAAGGCCGAUAUCGCCAGAUACGAGAGAAGGAGACAGGAAUCUAGCGACGCGUUUCUUGGCUUCGUUGGAAGCUGGCGAUCUCAAGAGUAUCCUCGAUGGCCGGGUGUCGGAGGAGGGUGGGAGGGAAGAGGUUGGUAGUGUUGCAAGGCUUGCGGAAAGGUGCUUGAAUCACAAGGGGAAAAUGAGGCCAAGUAUGAGAGAAGUAGCAAUAGAGUUGGAAAGCAUUAGAAUGUCGCAAAUGCCAUCAACUGCAAGGGGUGAAGAAGGUGUAGAAAUUAGUGGAUGUGAAGUGAAGCCAAUGAUGAUUACAGACAUAGAUUACACGUGGGCUAGUGGUAAAACUGAGAUCUCUUCUCCAUCGGAUACACGUCCCUUCAUUUCUGAUAUUGUGUGAGCGUUACAUUGUUUUUAUGUAAUUUACACUAUACUACUAGUUAAGGAUUGAUUGAGUUUAUUUAGGUUUUUUUAGUGGUGUAUUAUAUGCUGUAAUAACGCAUUUCAUUGUUUUGCUUGCUUAUUAAUUACGGCAUUUAUAAGUUCUUGAU